UUCAUCUUCCUCUCGGUUCUCUCCGUUUCUUUGUUUGAAAAAAGAAAACCAACAUGGUAUCAAAGCCUUUCAUGAUCUUUGAGGGCUUGUGUGAGAGAGAUUUGAGGGAAAUAGACCACCACAAAUUCUGACCAAACCUAAAUGGCUGCCGACAAGUUUUUUCUUCAAAAUACCCUGUUUUUUCUUACCCAACACAACAAACUCCUCUGACCAAAAAUGCAGCAAAGAUGCUGUGAUGAUGAAGGUUAACUUUAGGUCUUUCAAUCUUUGAAAGUGGUUGACAAAAGGAUGCAACCAAUUUGUUAAGGCAGAAAAGACUAUGUGAAGCUGUGAAGUUGUGAAGUUGAAGGUUAACUUGACGUCCUUCAAUCUUCUUGAGGCAAAAGAUUAUGUUGCUGGUAUGGGUGGUGUUUUAUGCUACAACAUUAGUCCAGAAAAGGCAAGGAUGGCUUGUGGAGAUGCAGAUUGGGACCAAGAGAGUACUCAACAUUGCAUCAAGUCAUUUUCAUGACCGAAAAAUGCAACUUAGUUGCAAAACCUCCAAAAUUUGUUUGAGGCAACAAAAUCCAAAGAAGGAAAGCUGUAAUGAAGGAGGAGCUGAGGUUAUUUGAGAAGGAUGGUACAUGGCUGAAAAAAAAAAUGAUGAAAACCAAGCACAAGAUGGACAGCAAAGGGCUGAUCCUAGGUGCUUAGGCAUAAAUGCUCUGAUACCAUGUUGGGAUUUUUUUUCAAACAAAGAAAUGAAGAGAAUCAAGAGGAAGAUGAAAAACAGAGCAUAAGCUGAAAUGGAGUUGAAGUCAUAUACUUUUCUCCAUUUCAGCUUAUGCUCUGUUUUUCAUCUUCCUCUCGGUUCUCUCCAUUUCUUUGUUUGAAAAAAGAAAACCAACACAUCUAUCAUCUCCUCAAUUUGUGCAAGAGGAGAAUGAACGCAGAAAUUGUCA